UGGAGCGAAUGUCCAACAUUUUCAUUGUCUUAUUAUGCUAUAUGAAGUCAAUAAAAUGUUUUUUUUUUAAAAUUCGGUCUUUCUGUUCUGAUGCUAACCUCCAGCCCAUCUAUGGGCCCCGAAUUUAUAAGCGGAUCUCGUUUACCAGGGAACCGAUUCACCCAUGCCGAGGUACGAAUUUCACCGAGCUGGACAAGAAGCGAGUUCUCAGCAAGCUGCAGCUCUCACGGUUAACAAUAAACAUUGCAGAUCAAACCCGCGAAGAACCUCGCUGGCUAAAAUUUCCCUACCGGAAAUAAAGUCUUUGCUUUCCCUCUGUGAUGGAAGAUUCAGCAAUUCACAAGAACUGAGAUUAAAGAGCCCAUUUUGGAUUCUUGACUUGCCUUCUGAAGAGGUAGCUAGAAGACUAAUGAAACGAACAGUAUGUGCAAAAUCAAUAUUUGAGCUGUGGGGUCAUGGGAAAUCUGUAGAAGAAUUGCAUUCUUCACUGAAGAAUUAUCCAGUAGAGAAAAUGGCUCCAUAUUUACAGUCCAACUUCACCUACAAAAUAAUAGUCCAUGCUUUCAACAAAACGCUAACACAAGCAGAGAAGAUUCAAAGAAUAGAUUCUCUGCAGUUUUUACCAUUUAAAGGACGUGUAGAUUUAAAUAAUCCAGAUCAUACAUUUUGGUUUCUAGAAGAUCAUGGAAUUUAUCUCGGCAACAGUACAGAACAGCCUAUUGGCUUAUACUUUGGAAGAUGGGUUGCCAAUGGACAACGGGACCUUAUUGAAUCCUACAGUGUUAAAAAAAGACAUUUUAUUGGGAACACGAGCAUGCAUUCCGGCUUGGCUUUUAUCAUGGCAAACCAUGGAAAAGUAAAACCAAACAAUAUUGUGUUCGAUCCUUUUGUGGGAACAGGUGGACUUCUUAUAGCUUCUGCGCACUUCGGAGCAUAUGUCUGUGGCACAGAUAUAGAUUAUAAUAUAGUACAUGGGUUGGGCAAAGCUAGUAGAAAAAAUCAAAAGUGGAGAGGACCUGAUGAAAAUAUCAGAGCCAACCUUCGCCAGUACGGUUUGGAGAAAUACUACCUUGACAUAUUUGUUUCUGAUGCAUCAAAACCCAUAUGGAGGAAGGGAGUGCAGUUUGAUGCAAUCAUUACAGACCCACCAUAUGGCAUUCGGGAAGCCACCAGAAAAAUUGGUUCACAGCGGGAAACACCAAAAAUGAUUGAAAAAAGCACUGAAAAUCAUAACCUAGUUUCUUCAAAUUAUCAGCUGAGUGACAUAAUCUUUGACCUGUUAAAAUUUGCGGCAAAGUAUUUGGUUCUUGGAGGAAGAUUGGUCUACUGGUUGCCUGUGUACAAACCAGAAUAUACAGAAGAGAUUAUACCUCAGCACCCUUGCCUGAAACUCGUUAGCAACUGUGAGCAGACGCUUUCCAACCACACAUCAAGAUACCUGAUAACCAUGGAAAAGGUGAAAGAAUUUGAGGAGGACGACUAUAAUUCUCACAUAUUGGAUAGCCAGUAUCUGCAAUACAAAUGUCACGAUUCCUUUCGUGAGAAAUAUUUCAGUGGAGUGACGAAGAGGAUUGCCAAGGAAAAAAAAGACAGCCAAAAGUAAUCUGUUUGGAAAGGGAAAAAAUGAAAGCAAGGAACGCACAAGGCUUGUAUUUGGCUAUUAGAACAUCUGGACCUCUACAUUAUGUAGAAGCUUCAGAGAACAAAUACUGUUUUUAAUUUUUUUUUAAACUCAAAGCAAAAACCACAACAUAAGUGAAGGACAGUUCUUUUUCAUUAACUUUGUUUAUACCAGAUUAUUGCACAAGAAUUUUUUUGACCUUUAUUUAAUUUAUUUUAGGACUUCAAGUUCUAAUGAUAAUUGAUUACAACCUUUAUCACUAUUAGCCUUUCAGUCUAUUACCUCUAGCAAAAAUGAAGACUAUUGUUUGGCUUUUUUUAGCUGUGAACAUCUGGAAGUCUUAGGAAUAAUACAAUGGUAUUUUGGUUUAAAAUAUUUUUUUUUACUGUUGUGAAGAUCUAUUUCAGUUUCCUUUAUUCUUUUGUAACCGCCAUACAAUAAAUUAAGAAAAGUUUGUUCUGAAUUUUAAAA